AUGCCUUCGUUGAAUUCCCACCGAAAGCUUGUCAAGUCUGUGCUGACAGCGUUUGGUAUGAAGCGAUGUCAUGCCCUGACAUUUGCUGGGCAUCGCGCUGUCUAUGUGCUUGGUGGGCUUCAAGCAGCCAAGGAAACGCUAGAGUCUUUGCUCUCCAAGUUGAAUGAACCGCCGACCAAGAAUGCCAUCGCGAAAGUAGCAAAUGACAUGUCGAAGGGUCUGGCUGUUCUACGGCAAAUGGUCAAGCAAAUUUCAUCGAUGGAUUUGGAGUUUGUCGAAACACGGCUUUGCGUGCGGGAGGCUCAUUGCUGGGCAACAUCCACUGAAGACCAGCGGAAGGAGUUCUUGUCUGCUUGGGCAGGGAUGUGGCGAAACAUGGUGCAGAAGGUCAGCAACAUCGAUGCUUCCCGUUCACACCGAAGCCAAGAAGAUUGGGAAGAUUUUGCGGCUUCUGAGAGCAAAAAGUUGUACAAGUUGAACGUGAAGACUUUGGCUCAAACUUUGGCUGCGUCUGUGCCGGAUCUCAUUGCCCAGCUCAACGGCCAGGGGACACUCCCAGAUGGUUUUCCAUCCGAAUUGGUUGAUCUGCUUCCGUCUGAUUCUUCUCCAACUCAAGAGUCACGGCCUCAAGAAUCCAAGGAGGAGACGGAGAACGAGAAGAUUGAAUCGAGCUUGAAGACCGUUAAGAAAGACUUGUUGGUGAGAGGCUUGGUCGCGCUUCACACCCAAGAAGCAAAAUGUCAGGAAGCGGCGAAUUGUGAGUUGUGGGAGAACCAGGUGAAAAAUGCAAUUUCAAUUGACGCUGGAGACAUUGUGGGGUUGGCUGACGGUCAAACUGGUGAAGGUCCUGGAAUAUGUGACAAUACUUGGUUGCCAUUCCCAAGCGCUGACGCAAAAGUCAGCAAGCAUUGGGAAGCUCACCAGGCAGCUUCACUUGCCACGUGGGCCAUUUUGUGCGCUUACACAAAAUCCCCUUUGCCAGCUGGCAUUGAAGUUGAGAAUGCUGAAUCCUUCCGCGACCAAGGGUUGACCUAUGCCGGCAUCUUGAAGAAGAAAGUCACGAUGCGGCGCAAGGUCGAGGACGAUGGUCUAGGCCCGACGAGUGACCUUCGCUGGAACGAGGCUGUGGCAGCGCUCCGCAUGUGCUUUGCAGGUCGUUGUGUAGUGGUGCCUCGUGGACAGCCAGUCUCUGCUUUUAAGAUCAAGGUCAGAAUCCCGUCUACGUUCUUCGAGAACUUGGGCUAUGAUGCAUACAUGAUUCCCAUCACCAAGCAGCUCUCCCCCGAGAUGUCACUGAAAAGCCCACUUCUGUGUCCAGCUUGGUUGGUGAAAGGAAAGUCGAAGGGCACAAACAUGAUCUUUGAUCAGGUUGAUGUAAAGGUUCGCUUGUCCAGAGGCAGUCUCAUAGACCUUGGACUUCCAGCUCUUCGGCUCAUCCGACCGGAAGAACUGGUCAUCGCCAAUGUCAAAACUCCGGGCAGCAGCAAAGGGGAGGACUUGCUAUGGGCUGGCUUUGAUUUGUCCCGUCCAUUCACACAUAUCGAGGUUUCAGAGGGUGCUGCCAAGAAUGAGGCAAAGGUGGCCAAGGAUCAGCGCCGCAAGCAGCGUGCAGAAGCUUUUGAGGAAGUCUUUGACGGGGACGGGGACGAAGUGACCCCUGCGGAUGGACAAUUGCUUGUGCCCGCCUCCUUCGUGAAGCAUGUCUUGCGUUGA